CCUGGAGCUGUCUGGUAGGCUUCAGUAGGUCAGUGGGCCAUUAGCCUGUGAGAGCCAGCUUCAUACUGUGUAAGUCAAGAGGUACAAAGGGCCACCACAUCCCAGCGGUAACAGGUCCUUGUAACGCGGCCUAACAGUGCCCUCCAGUGGAUACAUCAAGGGGUUAUCGGCGCCACCGGUCAUCGAUGUUCAGUUUACUUUUUCGCUCUUUGGUUCGACGUGCGAAUUUAAAUCGCGUUUUGUUUUCUUAUUAGGAUGUUUCCAGCAGCAAAAUGCUGCUGAGAGGAUUACACGUUAUUCAAAGGGAAUGCAGUCUAUUUGUCAUUCCCUCUCCUCCGCGAGGACACACCAGGUCAGUGUGCUUGGUUGAGUUGUGGUGAAAGACGCAACUCGUGGAGAAGAAGAGUUUACUAAUCGCCGAACAGGAGGAUUUUGGACAUAUAUAUCCGCUUUCAAGGGGCUGAGUGAACAAGCAACUGCAGGGCUCUAUCAGUGGCCCCAAGCCCAAUUACUGCAGAAUGGGUAACUUUUCCAGCAAGGACGGCCAUGGACCCUCAGGGGCCCAUGGUGAUAGUUUCCACACUCCUCCUGCUUCUCCACAGAGUGAUGGGCUUCCUUUGAUGCCCAAUGCCUCCCAACUCCUACCCCCUACCUCACCUCAACCUUCCCCUGCAGCGCCGGUUACAUCUCCACCUCCAAUCCCAGUCCUAACAUCCAGUGGGAAGAAAGUACAGUCCAGCACUACCCCUUCCAGUCCCCCUCCGGAUUGGAGGCCCCAUCCACCUGUCAGUUCAAAUAGUUCCACCAUUGGCCCUGGAGUUAGCCCCCUGCACAGCAAGCCACAAAGUAUUGUGGGUAAAGAACAAGUUGCUUUUGGGAGGAAUGGGGGUCCCCCUACCUCCACCCCUCGGCCUCUGGUCUCCCAGGGGCAGACUACAAAGAGCCCGUCUUCUACGUGGAGUCCCUCACCUGUGGUGGUGGGCGGCUUUUCUGGGCAGAACUGGAGGGAAAGGGACAGUGGUCUGAGUCAGUCUUUACUGCCCGCUCACGAGGCUGGGGGCAGCCUGGGUGAGGAGCUGCAGAAGCUGCUGGAGGAGUCUAGUACAACACUGGGUAUCAAUGCCAGUCUGGAUGGGGCCACGAACACAGCAGAGAUACUAAAACAUCUACUGACAGAAGUAAAGAAUUUGAAGAGUACUUUACAGACGGAGCGUGGGGAAUGGCUGCAGUUCCAGGCUGACCUGCAGGUGGCGGUGUCAGUGGCGGACCGUUUGAGAGCCGAAGCAGAAGAAGAGCUGACAGUGCUCCGGACAGUGCACAAGGAUGUGGAGAGGGAGCUGGCUGCUUCCCAGCAGAGACAGAAGGAGGCUGAUAUGCAACUGGUAACCCUGAGAGGGGAGUUAAAGGAGAGCAGGCACAGACUGGCUACUCUCACCCAAGCUCCAUGUCAGGAACCAGAACGGCCCAAUGGAGAACCAACCAACAGCUCCGAAAGCAAAGAAGCGACCCACAGAGGCAGGGAGAGAGGGGGGUACAGGUUGGGGCGGGAAGGGAUGGAGAGUAAGAGUCAGAAUGAAUUGAGGAAGAAUGUUGUCAGCGAGGAGGCCAAACUAGACUGUAAAGGCGUUGCUAAGCGUUACCUGAGAAAUGUGACCAAUGAGGAUAGGAAUGGAGAGGAGGUGCGACCCAGCGAAACCCGAAGGACGGUAACCACAGAGAGGUCAAGAAGCUUGUCCAGAUUACCUGCUUCCUCAGGCUCCCUCACCAUGCAGAAUGGAACUUCCCAGCCCAAUACUGCCUCAACGGUUGGACCUACAAACAUGAAUGUUGGGCAACUAAAAGGCCGAAGAAGUCUGGAUUGGCAAGACAGCAGGUCAAGCACUGACAAAGGAAAACGUGAGGAGUCUCUAAACAAGUACAACUCUGCUCUCACUGAGCUGCCCCUUUCCAAGUCCCAGGAUGGUUUCAACCUGCUGCUGCGUCGCCAUGGAGGCUCCAAGAGAAACUCGCUGCUCCGUUGGUGUCAGAGCCAAACGCAAGGUUACGAGAAUAUCGACAUCACAAACUUCAGCAGCAGCUGGGCUGACGGUCUCGCCUUCUGUGCUGUCUACCACACCUACCUCCCAUCACACAUCCCUUACCCCUCUCUCACUCCAGAGAACAAGCGAGAGAAUCUGAGUCUGGCAUUCAAAACAGGAGAGACUGUUGGGAUUGCACAAACCCUGACAGUAGAGGAGAUGCUAAAAGCAGGAGGUCCUGACUGGCAAAGGGUCCUGAGCUACGUGGAGAGCAUCUAUCGUCACUUUGAGAUGUGACGGCUGGAGGUACUGAUAGACAAUCCCAACAUAACGGAUCCUAAAUCCUGGACACUUUAAAGGAAACAAUAUGAGUUGUGAUGGAUCCCUGAAUAUUCUUUGUCUGUGCUGUGUGUCUGGAAAAUGGAUAAACGUCUGUUGGCAAAAUCAAAGACAUUCAAAGCUACAAUUUGCAACUUUUGGACAUCAAAAUAAAUUAAGUAGACUUAAUGUCAACAUUUUGCUCCUGUGGAUUUAAGUUUCUCCAAUUGGUUUUCUGUCAUACACUUCAGAAAAUGUGCCGUGACCAGGUAGAUGCAAUGGAAGUGACGAGGCGCAACGUAUUACGUUUUUAUUGCUUUGUUACCAAUGUUGUAUGCAUUCUUAUAUUUCUCAUAUACUUAUUCAGCUGACAUUUGACAUACGCCAGAAUCCAGACAGUGGAAGUAGAUAUCCUAUCAUAGUCUGACCGAAUGAGUUGGACAGGAAGGAUUAACUAAACUAUAGUUUGAAUAACAUUUUUACAUAUUAGAGCGUUUUAAAAUAAAGAAUAUCGUUGACCACUGUAGAAAUGAAGAAUAUGUAGAUCUUUUUUUAUAGCCUCCUUAUUAAUAAUAAGAAUUGCUGUAAAUGUCUUCACACUGGUACUUCACUUGCUGAAACUCUAUCACGUCAUGUACCGUCAUCAAAUCUGUAACCAGGCCUUUAACUACACAUGUUGUAUAUACCAAUCUGCCUAUGUGUUUAGCCUUUUAACCUUGUCUGCGAUGCUCUGCAAAGAUUCAGCUUUUUCUGGACGUUUAAGCGCUCUGUAAAUAUGCACUUUGGUAGCACCUUUUUGCUGAAUGAAUGUAAUAAGGUACAGUACAGAUGUUACACAACUGCUGCAGUCUUCAAAGGGCUCAGUAGGCAUUCGGUAUCAAGGCUGCAGACCAGUUGAGUUGUCAAGUUCAAAUUCAUGUUUUUGAAAACUGUUUUCUGUUUUCUUACAGAAAACAGUGAGUGUGUGGUAAUGAUCAAAAUCUAUGAAGUGCCACCAUGUUAUCACAAGUGAGUCAGUGCUGGAUGCUCAGGGAUGUGCAUUGCAUGAGUGACAUAAAGCAAAAGCAAAUACAAGCCCACACAAGCUUGCACCAGUGCUGUUUUUUGUUUUGACAAGUUUAAAGCUGCGUUUGUUACCAAAGCCCGUAUGUGCCAAAUAUUAGAAAAUAACUCCUUGGUUGUGAAAAUGGACCCUUGUAAUACAUGUUUAUAUGUAACUAGUGUGAAAAUAAUUAUACCAAAGAAAUAAAAUGUUAAUAUGGAUCAA